GUGAGCCAGUUUCAUGUGUUUGCACACUGUACAGGGAGAGCCAUUCGCCACCAGAGGGACUUUGCAAGCAUCCUACUCCUGGAUCACAGGUAUGCACGCCCUGCCAUCUUUAAUAAGCUGCCACAGUGGAUCAAGGAGAGAACCCAGGUUAAACCUGCCUUUGGAUCAGCAUUUGCAGAGUUAAGAAAGUUCCAUCGAGGGAAAUCAGACACUUCGUGAUGGAGACCAGAGAACUGGUUUGUAGGUCAACUCUGUGAGCUACUGCUUCUGAAGAACAGCUGGUUGCUGCUUUUCUGUACCAAAGACUUUGUGAGGCUCUUCGUCUGCCUCCUUUGUGGACGGUUUCUCUUCAGUAUCUGAGCACUGUCAUGGUGAGACCUGCACCUUCAGCACCAUAACCAGGAAGGAAACCGAUUGUAGCCCUGACACUGGUGAAGGCAAUAUCAGGCUCUGAUUUGUUGCUAGCUGUUCAAGUUUUAUUUAAAUUGAUUAAAUAUUUUCAACCCAGACACUUAUCUGGGGGGCACCAUAA